UUGAGUAAAAGUAAUUACUUAAGUAACGAUUUGUCUUCUAUAGUUAAGUAAUUGCUCAAACUUAGAACUGUCAAAAGUUAGAAUUCCCAGCCAAGUAAUAGUCACCAUUUCCUUUACUAAAGCACUACUUUGACGUUAUUUGAAUAAAAAAUGGACACUUUGGAUAGUAUCGAAGCGGUUUUUGCUGUUGUAGACAAUAUAGAUGAUAAUAUAUUAGAGGAGAUAGAAGUUGCUGAACCUAGAAAUCCCAAAGUUUACUUUCGUGAUGUGGAUCCAUUUCAUGACUAUUCGGAAGAUUGUUUUAAAAAGAGAUUUCGUUUCACCAAAAGUGUUGUGAGACAUGUUAUUUUACCGAGAAUUGAAGAUACUUUACAAUCAGAGACACAAAGAGGGCUUCCUUUAACUCCACUGUGUCAGUUGCUAACUGCUUUACGUUUUUAUGCCACUGGAAGCUUUCAGGUUGUAUGUGGAGAUAUCAUGCAUAUUUCUCAAUCGACAGUGUGUAAUAUAGUGAAGAGAGUUAGUAGAGCAUUGGCAUUGCUAAUGCCAGAUUUUAUUAAGUUUCCUGCAAAUUUGAGGAAAACAAAGGAUGAUUUCGAAAACCUUGGUUGCAUUGGCAGAGCACCUGGACUGAAAAAUAUUGUAGGAGCAAUCGAUUGCACCCACAUUAAAAUCACCAAGCCUAGAGGUAUUCUUCAUACAGAGCAGUACCGGAACAGAAAAGGAUAUUUUUCAUUGAAUGUGCAAGUAGUUGGUGGCCCUAAUUUGAUGAUAUAUGAUAUAGUAGUACGUUGGGCUGGCAGUACACAUGAUAGCCGAAUUUAUAGAAACUCGCGUUUAAAUAUAAGGUUAUGCAAUAAUGAAAUUGAUGGGGUGUUACUUGCUGAUGGAGGAUAUCCUUGCACUAGACAUUUACUGACUCCAGUUUCAAAUCCUAGAACUGCACAAGAGGAGAGAUAUAAUAAAGUGCAAAUAAAAUCAAGAAAUUCAGUAGAACGUUUAUUUGGAGUUUGGAAAAGACGUUUUCCAUGCUUACAAAUCGGUUUAGCAACCAAACUUUCAUCAACAGCCAAUAUCAUAAUGGCUUGUGCAGUGCUCCACAACAUUGCAGUAGAAGUAAAUGACAUAUUUGAAUUUGAUGACACCGUGGACAAUAAUGCACAUCAGCCUUCUAACACAACAACGACAAGCACAACAGGUACCAGUGAUGGUUUGGUACUUCGAGCGAAUAUAAUUUCACGCUAUUACACAUUUUAAAUGCAAUUUAAAAUAAAACCAAUAUUUUCACUCA